AUGACCUCGGCGUAUUCACCAGACCAGGUCAGUCUUUACUUAGAAUGCAUUGGCGUUCCUGAACGAUGCCGCCAUGAACCGCCUACUCUGGAGUUUUUGACGAUGCUUCACGUCCACACAAUCUCAACGUUACCUUACGAAAACCUGUCUCUGCAUUACAACCCAUCACACAACAUCAGUCUCGAUCCUCAGUACCUGUUCAGGAAAAUGGUCACCGACAAGCGCGGACGCGGUGGGUUUUGCAUGGAAAUCGCGAUUUUAUACAACCAUAUCCUGCGGGCUCUGGGCUUUGACGCGUACACCGCUGGUGUCAGAACUCGACCACGCAUUGAGGGCGUGCCAAAGGGCGACUUCCCAGGCUGGGGUCAUAUUGUAAACAUUGUGACAUUCGCAGAUGGUUCUAAAUACCAUUCAGACGUUGCGUUUGGCGGCGACGGUGCAACAAAGCCAAUACCAUUGGUUGAAGGCCUUGUUCACAACAAUCUCGGAACGCAACAAAUACGUCUUGCGAAGGAUUGGCUACCUACGCAAGCGCAUCGAGUAGACUCCAGCAAACAGUGGAUCUACCAAUACCGUAACAACCCUUCUCAGCCGUGGAACUCGUUUUACGCCUUUGCGGAAAUCGAAUUUUUACUGCCUGACUGGGGCGUCGUCAAUCACUGGAUGAGCACACAUCCCGACAGUAACCAGGUCCGCAACCUCCUCGUCGCGAAGUUUCUGCGGCGAACAAUUGCUUCCAGCAAUAGCAACGAGCAGGAGAUCUACGGCAAGAAGAUGUUGGUCAAUGGUACUGUGAAGCACAAUAUGGGCGGCAAAACGGAGUUUGUGAAAGCAUGCGACACGGAGGAAAGUCGUCUUGAGUCUCUCGAGAAUGUAUUCAGCAUCGUACUAUCGCAGACCGAAAAGGAUGGCAUCCUAACGUCACCUUUGAGACUCGGGUGA